UUUUAUCAAAGAAACAUCCCCUCAUACUUCGUAUAACAUUUCUGCUGGAUAAUAUUAUUCUACUCUCAUUGUUCUGUUACCGAAUUACGUCGAAGAACUCGUUUUAUCUUGGGAAAAUGUUUUCGUUAGUGGGAAAUACUUUCUUGAGAACAGUGUUUACGUGACUAGAGUUAUAUUACUACCUAUUUUUCUAAACGCUUUUUGCAGGUUUAUCCGGUCGAAUUGUUCCAACAAGCUCAAGAAAGUAUUUUGACUUCGGACAAACCUGCACGAACAAUCUCUGAAAGUAUCCUUGGACGAAGUAUGCUCCUGCGAUUUCAUUCAAAUUGGCUGCUGAAAUCUUUGCUUAGAAGCCCGCUACUAAAUCUGGAUUUGUAGUGAUUCUGAUGACGAACUUGAUGAAAUUCAAGAUAAUGAGGCCAUCUUGGCGGCAACCGGAGUUUACAAGGGCCGGGUGCCGCUUAUGGGUUCUGAAGGCGUACGGAUCCUAGAGAAGGCCAAAGGAGCUAGCUCAUCUUCUCAUUCGGCAUAUGAUGAUCGGGUUACCCGCCUCGAGAAACUAUUGGAGGAACGUGAAGUCGAGGCUCGAAGGCGGGAUGAAGAAGCUCGGAUACGGGAUGAAGAGCAAAGAAGAACAAGAGAAAGGUUGGAAGAGAUGGAACGCCAAAUGCGUAUUUUCAACGCCACCUACCGUCCAUCCAUGCACAUACAGCACCCCGAGAUGACCCCACAAGUUCCCUUCGCGAGCAAUAUGGGCAAUAUGGGCAGUAUGGGCAGUAGGGGUUUUGCUAAUUAUAGUCAUAUCUCCAACAACUUUCCAUAUGGAUAUUAUGAUGAUAUCCCGACUCCCGGAGCUCAAGCUUACCGUGGCAGCAGCCGUGCUGGCAGCCGCAGUGGCAGUCGAGGCAGCCAUCGUGGUGGCAGCCGUGGCCACGGAAGGCAACCCGAUCAUCGUGACGAACCUAAUGAUGAUGAUGCUGAUUAUGAUGACCAUUGAUGGUUUGUAAUAAUUAGUUUAUUGACAUUUUAAGGAUUUUUAAAUUUUGAUGUGUUAAUGUAUGAAUAUUAAUUAUUUGUGUUAUAUAAUAAUGGUUUGAUUA